AUGGAGCAUCAGUGGGGGAUAAAGAGACCCCAAAAGAAGAUGACGGUGCCAGCCCUGAUAUCCAAUGCUCAGUUCCAUUUACAUUUUUUGGAAGGACUCACAAAUAUCUCUACGUAGGUGUAUCUCCCUACAGAAGGUUCAGUUGAAGACAAUCAGGUUUAAUAUGUUUUACUUGUAUGAUACAUGGAGAUAUUAAAAGGCAGGCAAUGCCUGAUAUAAAAUAAAGCUUGAUUUACACUGUUGGCAUCCCUGCAGAUGAUCUGACUGCAGACAUGGAAAGUUUGCUUUAUGUGCAAUCUCAGUAUCAGCAGUCAGAGAAAUUUGAGGAUAAAUUUGACAAGGGAAGAGGCUAAAUAUCCAUAAGGGAAUAUAAUUAUAAAAUUGGGUGAUGCACUGAUCCCCUCUACUGCAGAAAAAAGAAAUUCAGAGAAAUAACCAUUAUGGUUAGAAAUAAUAAAUCCAAUAAAGUUCUGCUUGUGUUUUUAGGUUAACAAUAAUGGAGUGGUUUCUUUUGGAGUUCCAGUUUCCACGUACACGCCAAAUGCCUUCCCAUUAGCUGAUGGCAGCCCUUUUGUCGCCCCUUAUUGGGGAGAUGUCGACAAUGAAAAAUCUGGAACGGUCUAUUACCGGGAGACCACUGGUUCAGCUUUAUUGCAGAGGAUAAAUGAAGAGAUGGCCAAAUAUUUUCCAAAUCUUCAUUAUAAGGCGACUUGGGCAUUUGUUGCUACUUGGGAUGACGUCCCUUACUACCAAUCUCUGUCCAAAAAGGUGUGCUGUUUAUUAAAUGAAGGCAAUACUUAAUUUUACUGUAAUUCGAUCCCCUAUUGUUGCUUAGUGUGUUUAUUGAUUCUCUAGCAAUUCACCCAUCACUAUCUACAAACUCUCUACCCAUUGUCCAAUCACUGUCUACAGACUCUCUACCCAUCGUCCAAUCACUGUCUACAAACUCUCUACCCAUUGUCCAAUCACUAUCUACAGACUCUCUACCCAUCGUCCAAUCACUGUCUACAGACUCUCUACACAUUGUCCAAUCACUGUCUAUCUCUACUCAUUAUCCAAUCACUGUCUACAAACUCUCUACCCAUUAUCCAAUCACUGUCUACAAACUCUCUACCCAUCGUCCAAUCACUGUCUACAAACUCUCUACCCAUUGUCCAAUCACUGUCUACGGACUCUCUACCCAUCAUCCAAUCACUGUCUACAGACUCUUUACCCAUUGUCCAAUCACUGUCUACAGACUAUCUACCCAUUGUCCAAUCACUGUCUACAGACUCUCUACCCAUCAUCCAAUCACUGUCUACAAACUCUCUACCCAUUGUCCAAUCACUGUCUACAGACGCUUUACCCAUCGUCCAAUCACUGUCUACAGACUCUUUACCGAUUGUCAAAUCACUGUCUACAGACUCUCUACCCAUCGUCCAAUCACUGUCUACAGACUCUGUACCCAUCAUCCAAUCACUGUCUACAGACUCUCUACCCAUCAUCCAAUCACUGUCUACAGACUCUCUACCCAUCAUCCAAUCACUGCCUACAGACUCUCUACCUAUCAUCCAAUCACUGCCUACAGAUUCUCUACCCAUCAUCCAAUCACUGCCUACAGACUUUCUACCCAUCGUCCAAUCACUGUCUACAGACUCUUUACCCAUCGUCCAAUCACUGUCUACAGACACUCUACCCAUCGUCCAAUCACUGUCUAUCUCUACUCAUUAUCCAAUCACUGCUUACUUCUUGUCCAAUCAUUGUAUACAUACUCUCUACCUAUUAUUAAAUCACUGUCUAGUCACUCUCCUUCUAAGCAAUCACUGUCUACAGACUUUCUACCCAUUGUCCAAAAGUCACUCUUUUCCUACUAUCCAAUCAGUGUCUAUAAACUCUCUAUCCAUUGUCCAAUCACUGUCUACAGACUCUCUACCCAUUCACUAAUCACUUUCUACAGACUCUCUAACCAUUUUCCAAUCACUGUCUACAAACUCUAUACCUAUUUUCCAAUCACUCUCUGUAGCGGACUAUGGGUAAUCCUACUGGUUACCUCCGCUAAUUCUUUCCUUCAGCCACUCUGGCUCCAUUAAAGCAUACACACAUCCAUUCCCCCCAUGGUUCUGGGAGUUUUUUUGGCCACACACGGCUUUUAUGCACAAACCUCUACAUGGUGUCUCCCAUACAAUAAUACAGGGCUUUCCCUCCCAGGAUCCUCUACAGAAAAAUAUACAAUAUUCUAAAAAAAAAUUAAAAUCCAUUUUAAUAACUUUGGAACCCCAUGAAAGUUAUAUCACCGAAUAGCUUAGGUCUGAGCACACACUUUGCCAAAAUAUCACUCAGAUUCCCCCAAUGGUUUCUUUCCCUUAGAGCUACUACAUGAGCGCAGUGGGUGGGAAGGCAAAAAAAAAAGAACAAGUGCCGACACAUGAGAGCCCUCUCCCACUGUGUCUCUCAUCUGGGGAGGUGUCACGGCAAGGGUACACAAUUCAUUGUUGCACUAAAGAAUAUAGCCAUUUAAUGUAAUUUGUGUAGUGUAUAUAUGAACUGGCAGCUUGGUAGAGGUGGUAUUGUCAAUUUCAAAAGGGGUUAUUUGAUUGUAUGGGAGGUCAGAGUCUACAACCUAAAUUCCUCUUUGAAGCUGGGACUCCAACAGAGCUACUCUGUAAAGUGUGAGAAGUCACACAUAAGUGACCUGGAAGUCUGGUUUCAGUAUGAACUAACUCUCUCAUUUGCCAUAUGUCUUGAUUCCCUCUUAGAUAAGGAGUCCUUUGAUAUAAAUGGUCAUUAGCUUUCAAGACCAAGCCUUGUGUUCCAAUAUCAUAUCCAAAAUAGACAUUAAUACCUACCCACAGACCACACUGUCUACAGACACUUUACUCAUUGUUCAAUCAUUGUGUAGAGACUCUCUACCCAUUGUCCAAUCACUAUCUACAGACUCUCCUCCCAUUGUCCAAUCACUGUCUACAGACUCUCUACCCAUCGUCCAAUCACUGUCUACAGACUCUCCAUCCAUUGCCCAAUCACUGUCUACAGACUCUUUACCCAUUGUCCAAUCACUGUCUACAGACUCUCUCCACAUUAUCCAAUCACUGCCUACAGACACUCUACUCAUUGUCCAAUCAUUGUGUACAGACUCUCUACCCAUUAUCCAAUAUCUCUCUAGUCACUCUCUUACUACUAAACCAGUCAGUAUCUGGUGUGACCACCAUUUGCCUCACGCAGUGCAAAACAUCUCCUUCACAUAGAGUUGAUCAGGUUGUUGAUUGUGGCCUGUGGAAUGUUGGUCCACUCCUCUUCAAUGGCUGUGCAAAGUUGCUGGAUAUUGGCAGGAUCUGGAACAUGCUAUCAUAUACGCCGAUCCAGAGCAUCCCAAACGUGCUCAAUGGGUGACAUGUCCGGUGAGUAUGCUGGCUAUGCAAAAACUGGAAUGUUUUCAGCUUCCAGGAAUUAUGUACAGAUCAUUGUAACAUGGAGCGGUGCAUUAUCAUGCUGCAACAUGCCUCUCUGUUCCUGGGAGAUAAUUAGCUUACCUGUAUUAAUGCAAUUAUCUCCCAGACACAGAUAUCUUUGCAUUGUUUGGAGACCCCCUGCUGAGGUUGUGUAUAUAAGCAGGCAACUUCUCCCUAAUAAUAAAGCAGUUCCUUUUCCCCCUUCACUCAGUCUGGGCUAGUGUUUGGGUGGAUCAAUAUUAUUCUGCAGGAGAGCUUAAUCACGUGAAGCUGUACCCAGGACCCUGUUCCAGGGUGGGAAGCGAUGGAGAAACUCCAGACAAUCUGCAGCAGCAAGGGUCUGAAGCCCUCCUGUGCACCGGAGGAGAGCUAGGAAGCAAGCUUGAUGAAGGUACCCAGUCGGGGUGCCAGGCAAUCCGUCACAAAACUCUCUAACCAUUGUCUAAUCACUAUCUACAGACUUUCUACCCAUUCACUAAUCACUUUUUACAGACUCUCUAUCCAUUGUCCAAUCACUGUUUACAGACACUUUACCAAUUGUCCAAUCACUGUCUACAAACUCUUUGCCCGGUAUCCAAUCACUGUCUACAGACUAUUUAUUCAUCGUCCAAUCAUUGUCUAUAGACUCUCUACCUAUUAUCCAAUAACUAUUGACUCUGUACUCAUUGUUUAUUCUCUACUUUCUCUCUUCAGAAUGCUGUUUAAUUAUGGGCCAAAAUGUGACUGAAAGUCUAAAUCAUCCAUCAUGCACAGCUGAUAUGAAAUUUACUAUAUUAGAUUUAAUAUUAUAAAAGCUGUUCUGUUUUCCAGACAAACACAUUUCAGGCAGUUCUUCACACGGAUGGUAAGAGAUCGUUUAUUAUGCUGAAUUACGGCAAAAUUACUUGGACAACUGGUGGUGCCAGCGGUGGCAAUCUGCUGACAGGGUUAGGAGGUGUUCCAGCCCAGGUAUAUCUAAAAUCUUGUGUCAGAUAAAAUAUUUGUAUAUUUACUUGACAUUAUGUAUUAACCCUUUGUGACCCUUUUUAAUAUUUUAUGUUUUAUGAUUUGUGACUCCAGUGCCUGAGAGAUAAUUAAUUUAAGCAAAGUACACUAAAUUAUCUCCAAGACACAGAGACUCUGGGGCAUGUUGCCUGUUGUGGAAGUGUUAUGCUAUGUCUUACUUACUUACCUUACGUCCCCUCCUGCUGGGGGUGUGUGUAUAAAAGUGGGCCAUCUGGCCAUACUAAAACAUUCCUAUUGUACCCUUCAUCAAGUCUAGACUGAUGUUUGGGUAUGUGACCAAUGAACCAUUGGAUUUGUUCUCACGAACCGCUUGGAUUUCAGGAACAUACGAAUCAACGUACUAUGUGAAUGGGCUAUAAGCACUAAGUUCUCAGCAUUUCGGGAGUAUAUGAACAAAUUAAUUAUACAAAAGACAAGGCGUUCUUUACAAUUGGUGGAAAGAGACAGGAUUUGAAUGGACCUUCCGAACACAGGAAAGCAGUGAAUGGCCCAACAGUAUGAAAGCCUCAAGUGAAGUAUGCUGAAAGACCUGCUGGAAGCUCGAGUAUUCUGUAACAAGACACAGCAUCGCUACCAGAAUCUAGCAAUGGAGAAUCGGCCAGACCAUAGAAGUGAGCCAUCCACUGACUACCAACAGCCCGAGUUCAUUUUAACUAGGUGUGGCGAAAGUGACCUCACCACUGGCUUUUGGAGGUUUGCCAACCUCCUACCUUGUGACUAUGGCCCCUGCAAUAGACCUGGCUAAAAUACUUUAAACAGUCUCUGAGACCACCCUGGAGCUUGUUAACACCAAUUAACAACUUGGAACAUUUCUAAUUGUUCACAUAAUUCUACAAUUGUUCAGUGUUCUAAUUGUUCGUCUGGGUGGCCACAGUUCCUAUGAACAACCACGAGAUGGCAGCCAUCUUGUUCGCAUGAAUGCAGGCAGUGGGCAUGAGGAUGGGUUGGCGACCCAUCCUACCCAGCCUUAUGUCAGUUUUGUUCCUGUCCAAGAUGGCGCCGGUGUCGUCCUUCGAUCUAGUCUUUGAGUGCAACUAUGGCGACGACUUCCUGAGUAACCUCCAUGUCAAUAUUUCUGGAUGAUCAUUUUCGUGCACAUGGCAAAACGCGUCAUCACACUCAACCCUGUACAGACGCACAUUGGGAAGCUUGCAGACUGAAGUCUCUGAUUGCGGUGUUUUGGCUUCUCGUGGUGGAAAAUGCUGUCCCUUUAAACUGUGAGAAGUCUGAACUUACACAUUGCAUAUACGGGGGGGUUGUUUGGAGAAAGCUGCUAUUUAAAUCUGUGCAAUAAAUUUGAAAGUUGAUCGUUUUGCCUCUGCCGUUUUUAUCCCAGGAGGGAUUGAAAUUAGGAGCUGUCAUAGUUAGAGCAGACUUCUCUGCUAUACUUUGCUUUCUGUGUAAUAGAAUUACACUAUUAUUGUUUUUUACCUCCUUUUAUGUUACAUGGAGAGGAUCUACAUAUGAAUUUAUAAGUGAGUGUUUUGUGUAUUUUACCACGAUUGCACAUAAGAGUACACAAUAUAAGUGUUAAGGAAAUGUAUGCACUUUAUAUAAAUCACAUUUUGCACAAUACAGCACCAAUAAGGCACAGCGCACCUAUGUUUUGAUUUUUGUAUUAUAUGUGUGUUUUUAUGAGCUAUAACACUGUUUAUGGUGCUGCUUCUUUUAAAAGAUUUGUUUGCACUUUAAUUUAAAAAACAAAUAGCAUUAUAUUUAUAUAUUCACUUGUCACUUUUUUAUUCUCUUAUAAGAGCUUCAUAGCUAUACUCUCUUGGUGUAGAGGCCUUCCCACUGAGUCCCUGGAACCAGGGUGGGAAAGGACAGCGAGACCCCAACCAAGCUGCGGCGGUUCGUGGGGUCUACGGUGCUUAUGGUGCGGUGCAGUGCUUAUGGUUCUCAGCGUCAGCUAGGAAGCAUCGAUUGGCUGAGGUACCCAGUCGGGGUACCAGGUGGUCCGUCACACAUCGCAGUUCAACACUCCCCGCCCAGAGGAGAUAUUACCAGUGACCACAUGACUACAAGCCUGCAGGGGAGAGCCCAUGCACUCCGAGGACCCUCAGGCAGGACCCUAUGUCCCGUCUGUGGUGGAACUGCUGCCUGUUCCUGAAUUUCCCUUUUUAUAUUAUGUGUGUUUCCCUAUCCUUUUGUGUAUUGUGCCCGCUCCCGGUUCGGGAGUGCUUCCACAAAGGGAAUUAAUUCACCUCCUGAACAGGGACCACCCCAAUACCUCAUUUAGAAUGCUAGGUUAGAACGUUCUCACCUUGUAACAUAAGUGUCAAACUGAAAACCGCAAACCGCAAACUGCAAGGGAAACAAUUAAUGAGCGCUCCCCUGGGUGGCCGCCAUUUCGCUAGAUGAACACCAACCAGGGAGAGAGCGUUUGUGGGUUGUUUCCUGACUCGUUUGUUCCCCAAAUGAGGACCUCCCCAGUGCUCCAUUAGAACGUUUACACCAAUUAAUCAACAUUUUUGCACUUGCAACAUAGGUGUGAAACCACAAGGGAAGUAAUUAAUGAGUGCUCCUCUGGGUGGCCGCCAUUCAUGCCGACAGGCAGUGGCCAGGGAGAGCAUUUGUACCCCAAAAGUACCUCUUUCCUUGUCUGGGAUUCACACCGGGAUCUCACGAAUAGAGGCUGGUGCUGGCAGGUGUGGCAGGCUUUCCUGUGCCUAAGGAACAAAGAGACUAGCUCUUUUCCCACGGGUGGGCUUUUCUGUGCCUGGGAGACAAGGGGACGGUCCCUUUUUCCCGCGCCUGGACUCCCAGGCACAGAGGCUCCUUAGAGUAGGUUUCCAUCGGGAGAUUUUGUCUGACCAGGGGGCUCAAUUUGCGUCAACUGUGACCAAGCAAUUGUGGUAGAGUUGCGGAGUAAAGCCCCUGUUUAGCUCUCCAUACCAUCCCCAGACGAAUAGACUCUGUGAAUGUUUUGCACGUUCAACAGCCUAGGGGAAAAACUGAACCCCUUAGAAAUUCGAGGCCACCCAGAUUCUCCAGGGAUACCGAGAAAUGUUCUCCUCUUUCCCCAUGUCCACCGAGUUGAGACCCAGGAAAAACUUCAGUAACAACCUUACCAUAUCACUGAAGCAGUUAGAGAGAGCAUGCUGAAAGAGAUUCAGGACAUGUUAAAGAUAGGGGUCAUAGAGCCAUCCCGGAGCCCCAGGGCUUCUCUGGUAGUGUUGGUAUCUAAGCGAGACAGUACGACUCGCUUCUGUAUUGACUACAGGAAACUUAAUUACCGGACAGUAACUGAUGCCUACCCCAUGCCCCGGAUAAAUGAGCUGCUAGAUCGUAUGGCUGGGGGUAAUUACUUAACUACCACAGAUCUGUAUAAGGAUUAUUGGCAAAUUCCCCUGGAGCCGGCGGCAAUCACUAAGUUGGCAUUUGUCACCCCGUUUGAGCUAUACUAGUUCAAGGUUAUGCCCUUCAGGAUGAAGAAUGCCCCUGCUAUCUUUCAACAGAUGGUUGACCGGCUCUUGGAGGGAUUUCAGGACUUUGAAUGUGAGUAUUUAGAUGACAUAGCCAUCUACAGCCGCACAUGAGAAGAUCCCCUUUGAAACUUAUCUAUGGUACUUGAGAGAAUUCAGGCAGCAGGGCUAUCUGUGAAUCCAGACAAGUGCCAUGUCGGUAUGGCCGAGGCACAGUUGGGUAGGUUUUGGCAAACAGCGGCCCGAACCCGCCUAAGUGUAGGCUUUUGCCAACUGGCCACAACCCCGUACUAAAACGCAAGAGUUACUUUUUCUAGGGACCUGCGGGCUAUUACUGCAAGUUUGCCUUUGAAUAUAAUGCCCUUGCCAAGCCCCUCACUGACCUGACCAAAAGGUCCCUUCCCAGACAGGUAGUGUGGUCUCCGGAGAGUGUGGUAGCCUUGCAGAGUCUAAAGACAGCGUGGAGUGCCUGAGAGAUAAUACACUUGUUACUUGUGUGUAUACAAUUGUUACUUGUUGUGUUACACUUUUACUUUGCAAUGUCCUGUGUUACAUUGUGUACACAGAGCCUCUCAUUCCAGAUUUGCUUGGAAUAGGCUUUAAGUUAAUAUUAGAGUAUUCACCAUCCUGAUUAGUCCAUGAGUUCAGGGGGAUUGGUGUGAGAGGUGCAGCUAAUAGUCACUACAUAUCUAUCUGUUCACAUUGCAGCUCUGUGUUACAAAGCCUUACUGUAGCUUAAAGGACCACUCUAGGCACCCAGACCACUUCAGCUUAAUGAAGUGGUCUGGGUGCCAGGUCCUUCUAGGGUUAACCCAUUUUUUCAUAAUUAUAGCAGUUUCAGAGAAACUGCUAUAAUUAUGAAUGGGUUAAGCCUUCCCCCUAAUCCUCUAGUGGCUGUCUCAUUGACAGCCACUAGAGGCGCUUGCGUGCUUCUCACUGUGAUUUUCACAGUGAGAGCACGCUAGCGUCCAUAGGAAAGCAUUAUGAAUGCUUUCCUAUGUGACCGGCUGAAUGCGCGCGCAGCUCUUGCCGCGCGUGCGCAUUCAGCCGACGGGGAGGAGAGAAGGAGGAUCGGAGGAGGAGAGCUCCCCGCCCAGCGCUGGAAAAAGGUAAGUUUUUACCCCUUUCCCCCUUCCAGAGCCAGGCGGGAGGGGGUCCCUGAGGGUGGGGGCACCCUCAGGGCACUAUAGUGCCAGGAAAACGAGUAUGUUUUCCUGGCACUAUAGUGGUCCUUUAAUCAGUCUACAAGAUAUUGCUCUCUCCUAGUGCUCCUACCUCUCCCAGAGCUCUUUCAGUGUUUCUUUCUCCAGCUCUGCUUCUUCUCCCCAACUCCUCUCUGUUGGUGUCCCCCAAAGUUCAGUCCUUGGUCCCCUACUGUUCUCCAUCUAUACUGCCUCCCUUGGUAAACUCAUUAGCUCCUUUGGCUUCCAAUAUCAUUUCUAUGCAGAUGACACGUCCUCUACCUGUCCUCUCCUGAUCUCUCUCUGUCCCUCUUGAAUAGUGUCUCUGACUGCCUCUCUGCUGUUUCUAACCGGAUGGCUGCCCACUUCCUUAAACUAAACUUGACCAAAACUGAAAUUCUGUUCUUUCCUCCCUCAAGUGUUGUUACUCCUGUGUCUGUCUCCCACCAAGUCGACGGUGCUACCAUCAGCUCCAUCAUGCAGGCUCGCUGCCUAGGUGUUCUCUUUGACUCUGACUGCUCCUUCAAGCCUCAUGUUCAAUCUAUCGCCAAAUCCUGUCAUUUCCAUCUCAAAAACAUUGCGCGCAUCCGCACCCAAUUUAACGCCAGAUGCGACUAAGGUGUUGGUCCAUUCCACUGUCCUUUCUCGCCUUGACUACUGUAAUCCGCUUCUCAGUGGUCUUACGUGCUCCCAACUUGCGCCGUUACAGUCCAUAAUGAAUGCGGCCGCGAGGCUCAUCUUCCUGUCCGCCCGCACCUCCCAUGCCUCACCCUUCUGUCAGUCCCUACAUUGGCUUCAAAUCUCUACAUAAUGCUGCUCCCACCUAUCUAUCCUCCCUUAUACACAAGUAUGUCCCGUCUAGGCCCUUACGAUCUGCUGAAGACUUACGUCUAUCUUCUGUCCGUACUGCCAUCUCUGAUGCUCGCCUUCAAGAUUUCUCGAGGGAUGCACCGUUCCUGUGGAACUUGAUUCCCUCCUCCGUUAGAUGCUCACCCAGUCUCCACUCCUUCAAAAAAUUGUUAAAAACCCACUUCUUCAUAAAAGCGCAUCAAUUAAACUGUUAAUAGCUCCUGACUGAUUCCUCUUCUGCAACUGUCACUAGUCUAAUACUAUACUUACCUUUUUGUGUCAUUUUACCCCACUCCCUCUAGCAUGUAAGCUCAUUGAGCAGGGCCCUCAACCCCUCUGUUCCUGUGUUUCCAACUUGUCUGGUUACAACUACAUGUCUGUUCGUCCACCCAUUGUAAAGCGCUGCGGAAUUUGACGGCGCUCUAUAAAUAUCAUAAUAAUAAUAAUAAUAAUAAUAAUAAUCCAACCGAGGUUGUGUUCUUGGAGCGCCAUCAAGUUGACAUAUUUAUUAUUGGCCUGAUAUCUUAUUAAUCAAAUGUUAUAGCUUUGUCUCUAGUUCAGGUUGUCCUAAUCAGCACUUUAAAAAAAAAAAAAAGAUUUUAAAUUAUUUUUUCAAUAUAUUAAAAUAUCAAAAAAUAUAUCAAAUAUAAAAAGCAUAACAAUAUAUAAAAAAAUUGGAAAUAAAUUAAAAUAUUCUUCAAAAUAUGAAAUCAUUAGAAUAGUUUAUCCAAAAAUAUUAAAUAAUUUUAAAAGCCUAUUCAACAAUAUUUUAUGGAGGCCAAGAUAUGCGUGCCUAAAUUUUGCGAUUCAUUUUCAAUUAAAAAAUUUAAUGUGUAGAAGAAGAAAAAAAACGUCUUGUCUUUCAUAUACUCCGUUUGUUCGUAUACUUCCAAAUGUUAGGAACUUAGUGCUUACAGCCCUUUUGCAUAGUACAUUGAUUCGUACGUACCCGAAAUCCAAGUGGUUCAUGAGAAAAAAUCAAGCAGUUCGUUGGUCACAUAGCCAAACUUCAGUGAGUAAAAUAGUGUAACAGUGAGUAACAUAGAGUAAUAGUGAAUAACAUUGAGUAAUAGUGUGUAACAUAGUGUAACAGUGAGUAACAUAGAGUAAUAGUGAGUAACAUAGUGUACCAGUGAGUAAAAUAGUGCUACAGUGAAUAACAUAGUGUUAAAGUGAGUAACAUAGUGUAACAGUAAGUAACAUAGAAUAAUAGCGAGUAACAUAGUGUAACGGUGCAACAGUGAGUAAUAAUGUAACAGUGAGUAGCAGUGAGUAACACAGUGUAGCACAGCGUACCAUAGUUAACAAUGAGUAAAAUAGUUAACAGUGAGAAAUAGAGUAAUAGUGAGUAACAUAGUGUAAAAAUGAGUAACAGUUUCAGAGUAACAUAGUUUAACACAGCGUAAUGUAUUGUAACACAGUGUAACAUUUUGUAACACAACAUAAUGUAUUGUAACAUAGUGUAAUGUAUUGUAACACAGUGUAACGUAUUGUAACAUAGUGAAUGUAUUGUAUCACAGUGUAACGUAUUGUAACACAGCAUAAUGUAUUGUAACAUAGUGUAACUUAUUGUAGCACAGCCUGUAUGUGACGCCACCUUACUAUGUCCUGUAUACAGGCUGGAUUUAACAGUGGUGACAAUACACAUUAUUUCAACAUUCCUGACUCCAGGACAGACAAUAUCAUUAACAUAAAUCGGACGUCCAACGUAGACACUCCUGGACGGUGGGUCUUCCAGGUGGACACCUUCAAGGCCCCCGGAGGGUGUAUUUUUGAAGGUAUGUUAAGGUUAAUGAUCUAAUUUAGAACAGACCCUGAGAUUAAAUGUAAACCUACAUUUAAUUGUCUGAUAAUUUCUAUUCUUCAGCUAAUUUUGCUCGUUAUAAUGAAACCUUCUGGAAGGACGAUAGCUGUGAAAAUAAAUGUGUAUGUAACACGGAUGGCGAGAUUAAAUGUACCGAUGAGUCGUGUCCAGGGUUCAUGGUUUGCCAGCCCUCGGCCUGGCACUUCACUUGUCAAAUCAGUCUCGGAACCUGUUUCUGA